CACACUUCAAGUGCCUGUUUUCGCAGAACUGACUUUCGUUUUUGGAGUGGAUGGUAGAACAGAAAAUGCGCGUAUGAACUUUUGAGACUCAUUUCAACCGAUAAUGGUUUAACAGUAUAAGUAAACACCUUGGGGGUUGUACAGAAUAACUUGAGUUUAACCCAGCAGGUAUCCUGAACUUCUUUUCAGCCAAAACAUCUUUGCUCGCCUGUUAUGAAAUGUACCUUCGAAAGUUUUUUUUUCGUGCGCAGCGUAUUUAUUUGCAGUCACGGAAAGUAGCCUACCGAAUUUGUGUUUGGAUUCACUGACUUCUGAACGGUACCGCGCAGAUUUCAUUUUUAUUUUACUGUCAACGUCUUUCUCUUCUGUGAGUACUUCGAACAGCCAUCACCUGAUAAGGCGACCUGCGCUUCGCUCACAAUGGGUUGUCGUGGGCGCCCUGGAGCUGGUACAAUCUGGAAAAUGACAGUUCUAUUUCUGCAGCUGAUCUCUUCAGUCCAGGGGAAGAGACAUGUCGUUUACUGGAAUAGCACAAACACAAGACUGUCCCAGGGCGACUUCUCCGUGGAGGUGAACCCCGGGGACUACCUGGACAUCUUCUGCCCCCACUACCCCUCCGGGGGCCCCUCCUCGUCGCCCCCGGAGACGCUGGCCCUGUACCUGGCCAACGAGAAGCAGUUUCAGGGGUGCGCCGGGACCCGCGGGGCCCUGAAGCGCUGGGAGUGCAACCGGCCCUUCGCCCCGCUGGGGCCCGUCCGCUUCAGCGAGAAGAUCCAGCGCUUCACCCCCUUCUCCACGGGCUACGAGUUCCUGUCGGGCCACCACUACUUCUACAGCUCCCUGUCUCUGGAUGACGGAACCCAGCUACCCUGUAUGAAGCUCAAAGUGACAGUGUGCUGUGAUGCCAAUCCUGCAGCUCCAAUCUCCACAGCGUCGGCAGUGAGGACUCCACUCUCCCUCCUCCUCCUUGUCCCUCUCUUCCUUCACUCCUCCAUCUGAGCCACCCUCAUCACCCUCACUGGAAAAUAAACCACAACAAAGAACUCCAAAGUGGGGAAUUUUACUGCACUCGGAUGCCAGCAGGGGCCAAAUGCUGUGUGUCACAGUCCCUGCCCCAUUGAACCCUGGGAAGAGAAGAGUCGUGUGACCAUGACUCACGCCAUUCCGUGUCUGCCCGCAACCCAGUCUGGAGGGAGGGGAGGUGGAGGAGAGAGACAGACAAACAGAGAGAGAGAGAGAGAGAGAGAAAUACGGAAUAAGGCUCAGAAUAAGGACCCACCUUUUAUUUAAACAAAAAAAAGGUGUAUCACAAUUAAUACAAUGUUAAAGACAGCAUGGCUAAAAUGUGUGGUCACAAUGCACACAUGCACACGUGCUCCACUUUCACUGGGAACAUGCGCUGUUUUUAGGGUUUCUCUCCUUUGAUAGCACCUGUAGUCAUGGCACUAUGUGAGUGAUUCUUACGGUGGAAAAGCGCUCAUCUCCCUCCUUCUCAGUCCAUUUGGUUUUUCUCUGGGGCGUAAUUAAUCCCCCAUAAUUUUCCCAAUACCUCUCGCACUCUCGCUCUCAUUCCUUCCCGAUUUUAGCCUCCCGUUCCCUCUUUACUGGAUUUCUCUGUUCUGGGUAAUGGCAGUCAUGAAUCCCGGCCUACAAGGGCUUCUCAUUCCGCAACUUUUCUCUGUUUGCUCUCCCGCCUCCUGCCACACCAUAGUGGGCUAAAGUAGAGAGAAAACAAGGCACCGCUACAUCAAAAAGCCCCGAGCUGUCAUUGGAUGAAGGGUUGCAGCUUAAGCAAGUGGUGGCGGUGCAGUACCUGGGUUUGUCCUCUAGAUGGCGGAAAAGACUGUAAUAAGGGAAUCUGAAAAAAAAUUCUAAUAAGUGUGCAGAAUAUGUUCAUCAGAGCUGGACUGGCUUAUUGUUUUAACAGGUCAGGACUUGUGGGGAAACUCUGUGUAACUACACAUAACUUGAACAGUCAGAUAUGUGCUUAAGACUGUAAGACUGGGAAUGGACAUUUUUUAAGUGCUUUCCACCACAAAACUCUGCUAAGUCUACG